UUCCCUUCCACCUAAUGAAGCACUUCAGCAUCCUCUGUCUCAUCCUUGUCUGCAUCGGCUUCCUAAAAGCUCUCAUGGGUGCGGACAUGGGCUUCAUCAAAAGCCAUUCCCUGAAGAGCAUCACUAACUCUAUUUUAGUCAGCGUUCUCUAGGGAAGCAGACAUCAUAAAAUGAGCCUACAUAGCCAAAACCAGGAACAACUGUUGCAUCAAUGGCUGUGUCCUGGUGGGAAAUCCAAGAAUCUAGUGUUGUUCGGUGUGGGUGAGGCUGGAUGUCUCUGUUGGUCUUCAGCAUGUGCAAGAAUCCUGAAGAAGAAGAAGGGAGAGAGGGUUGGACUUCCCAAUGAGAGUGAGGGCAAGCAGGUGAAGAGCAUGAACCUCCGUCCUCCAUGUCCUUAUACCAGCAGACACCAGAAUGGGUGGCCCAUGAUUAAGCUGGAUCUUCCCACAUUAAAAGAUCUGGGCUUAGGUUUGGUCUUCUCACUUCAAAUCAUUCAGUCAAGAAAAGUAUCUCACAGGCUUGACCAGGAGCCUGGCUUUAGUAGUCACAUUGACAAGCAAUAGCCUCACAGUAUCCAUCAUAUAGGGACAUCCCCAAGCCCCAACUGACCGACAACUGCCUCACAUGGCUUGUCCCACAUGGGCUAUCGAAGUCACUUAUCAAUACUACAUCCAGGUCUAUCUGCCCCUCUGUGCUCGUUUUAUGACAUUUGGCGCACAAGUAUUUGCGUCUUCUUUUGAAACUUUUUUUAUGUGUAUGAGAGUUUGUGUGCCUGUUUUAUGUAUUGCCCCCAACAAGACAAAGGAUGAACAUUGGAUCCUCAAAACUAUCUUACAGAUGAAUUCAUGACAUCACAUGAGCCCUGGGAACUAAACCCGGGUGUUCUGCAAGAGCAGCCAUUGUUCUUACCUUGGCCAGCUCUCUGACUGAUUACUGCGUCUUCCUCACACACCGUUCCCUUUACUAAGACGUAGUGGCCUUGUGCAUCUCUUCCCGCUAAUCUUUGUUGAGAUACAAUGUGUCAGGGGAAGUAGAAACCCUUCCUUGCUCACUUCUGACUCCCACAUGCACGUCGGCCUGUCUGCCUCUCCCCUGGAGCCAUGUGCUUCUUUGUCAGUGAGAUGUGUCUGCAGCAGCAAAUCCUCGGGCUGUGCGUGUCCGUUCACCCUGCAGGUGGAGAGUUAAGACCUUUACAGGUCACGCUUCUACUGAGAGAGAUUUGCUGACCUCUCCAAAGUUGUUACUCUUCUUUCUUUUAAAAAGAUUUGUGUUUUCAGUUAUGUGUGUUGUGUGUCUAGGUGUGGUCAUGAGUGCACAUGUGUGGGUGAUUGUGAGGCAGGAAGGGAGUGCUGGAUUCCAUGGUUCUGGAGGAGUUGCAGGAACUUGUCAGCUGUCUCCUAUGGGUGCUGGGAACAGAAUCUGCAAGAGCACUGUAGACCUGUGAGUGCUGAGCCAUUGCCCCAGGCCUGAUUUCUUGCCUUAAAGCAAACAAAACAAACAAACCAACAAACCAACAAACCCACCUUUCACAGGAAGUUUUUUUAGUUUACCCCAGUGGACACCACAAAUGGAUUUUUUCCUGGCUCUCCUGGUUUGCCUAGCCUUCCUAUGAAAAGUAUUCUUUCUUAUGCUCUUGGGAAUGAACCUGCCUGUCUUCUCUCUCUGUUACAUAGUAUUCUUGAAAGUAUCUGCUGGGGACACUGGCUGAGUGCUCCUGAACUCCAUUAGUGGGUGCUUAGCCCAGAGUUCCUGUCUUUCUCCAUCCGUUUUAAAGGCUAACACGACUGGCUAUGGUGAUCCUGAUUGGCUGUUACUGAAGGGUUAGAAACACCCUGUCCCAUGCUUCACUGGACAUCGAGGGUCCUGAAGAGAAGGGUGAUGUUGUUCUGAUGGGCUUCCCCUCAUGAACUGGUAUUGUUGUUUCCUCUUGCAGCCUUCACUGUUGUGUCUGUGCUCUGCUGACAUAGUAUUGUAGACACAAUGUGUGAUGCAUGUUUCUUCUCUGCUCAUGUGUGAGAGAUCCUAAAUAACUCGUGUGAUGGAAUAUCUGGGAUUUCUCUAGCUUGGAAGAAUGUUGGGCUACGAUUCUGUUGUGCAAAUUUUUUUCUCAUCAAUUUGUACCUCAGUCCCUUCUUUUUCCUCUGUGUAUUCUCAGUCUCUUCAUCGCGUCAGAGUCGGCCAAGCCCUUGCCAUUCCUAUGUGGUUUUGUUUUCUUUUAUUUGUAUCUGGAUGUAUGUGUCUUCUAGGCUAUCAGUGACGGUUUGUGCUGUGUUUUGUGUGAUUCAUUUGUAUCUGCAGAUUUACUGCCUGUUUUCAUCACAAUCUCACCUGUGUUGUUGACUUUCUAGCCUAGGCUCUGGAUUUAUUUCCAGACUUCACCCAUGUGCUUGUUUGUACUGGGGGAAGGGUAACCAUCAUGUCUGCAAGGAGAGCGUGAAUGCUCUCCUUGGCAGUUCAACCAUUUCAGUCUCCUUGGAGUCUGAAGAUCUGUCUUCACGGUUUGUGUGUUUGUGAACACACAUUGAAAUAGAUAAUUCUUCCAGAUUUGUUUCAGGCUCUCCUUAGUGAGCACCCUUCUCUUGAAACCACAACUCCAAGUACCUCUCAAAGAGGAGAAAGAUUCUCUCAUGACGGUGCAUCAUGAAGCUCUCUGGAAAUACACUCAAACCAAAUAAAGGCAAUUGCUCUGCUACCACAAACCACAAAGAGGAGAGCGGGAACACGAGAAAGAGUGGGCUCUGAAGUAAAAUUUACCUAUGGUAAAAGUAGAAAGCAUAGUUGAAUGAAGGAUGGCUGGGCAGGCUGGGAGGGCUAAUGCUUGGCCAGAAACCUAAGGAUCCAGGAAUGAAUCCCUAGAAGCCACUGAGGAAAAACCGGUUGGUUCCAGAAGGUCAAAAUGCAGUGGGCUUAUGGGAGGGGAUGUGGAGUCAGAUUCCCAGAGGGGUGUGGGCCAUCUGCCCCAUUAUACACAUCAGAAACACUACAGAGAACCUGGGUCACACAGGUUGGAGGAGCGGACUGAUAUUCUGUUCAACGCUGUUCUCAGGACUCCACAGUUUGUAUAUGUUGUAUGCCUAGUUCAGGCACAAAUACACAUGGGCAAGUGCGUGCUCACGCAUGCACACACAUACAUAAACACAUAUAUACAUACCAUUUAUACUAAACAAAUGGAUAUUAGACAGAUAAAAGAAGGAAGGAGAAAAUGUUGUGAAGUAGGAGUGCAUAACCAGAAGAAAUUUUAAAAACAUUAUUUUACCAUAAAAAUAGUAUGCAUAGACAAAAUCAAAGAAACAUAAACAUUAAAAAUAAAAGGAAGGGGUUGGGGAUUUAGCUCAGUGGUAGAGCGCUUGCCUAGCGAGUGCAAGGCCCUAGGUUCGGUCCCCAGCUCCGAAAAAAAGAAAAAAAAAAAAAGAGAGGUAGAAGGAGAAUCAGAAGGAUGGAGUUGGGGCUUGAGAGAUGGUUUAGUGGUUAAAAAUAAAAGGAAGUCUUUUUUUUAAAAAUCAAAAAAAAGCAUACUACAAAAGAAAAUCAAAAAGAACAAAAAAAUUAAUGACACAGUCUAGGGGUCUGAGGCUGGUAAGUUGGCUCAGCAGCUAAGAACAUGAACCAAGUCUCAGGGAACAGAGCUCAGGGCAGCCAUGGUCAGAUGCGGGGCAGGGGUGUGAAGGGAAGCCUGGUCCUCCCCCCCUUCCUGCAUCUGAGUUCCUCAUCCCCUGGAGCCCUUUGUGAGCACAGCACUUGGGUGGCACAGACCGUGCAGGGCACUGUGUGUCUUUCUUCAUCUGCAGGUGGCACUGACUUGAUAUACAUCAGAUCCCAACAACAACAACCUUCGGCUCCAUGAUGGAUGUGUGUUUGGCCAUGGGAGAGGGACAGGAGGGACCUGGUUAGUGCCAAGUGGGCACACGUCCCUCUCCAUGGGGGAUAUAAAGGGAACCCUGUGAGGAACCAGAGCACACACUUCCAGGGUGAGCUGCCUUGUGUGAGAGCCCAGUGACUGGAGAUGAAGAGCCGGCUCCUCACCGUCCUGCUGCUGGGGCUGAUGGCUGUCCUGAAGGCUCAGGAAGCCCCACCUGAUGACCAGGAUGAUUUCUCUGGGAAGUGGUACACAAAGGCCACAGUAUCUGACAGAAACCUUACCGUUGGGAACAACCCAAAGAGAACUCUCCCUAUGAUGGUUUCCAACAUGGAUGGAGGGGACUUGUAUGUCAAAAUAAAGAUUUGGGUUACUGGAUAUUGUUAUAACAUAGAAGUUCACUUGAGAAAAACGAAUGAGCCUCUCAAGUACACGGCCUUGAAGGGUACAAGUGUCAUCUAUAUUGUGAAGAUCCCUGUGAAGGACCACUGCAUCUUCUUCUGUGAAGGCAAGCGCCACAGGAAGAGAUAUUGCAAGGCGAAACUGGUGGGGAGAGACUCUAAGGACAACCCAGAGGCCAUGGAGGAAUUCAAGAAAUUUGUAAAGAGCAAGGGAUUCAGACUGGAAUACAUCAUUGUCCCUGAGAGAAGGGAACACUGCUUCUCUGACAGUAAAUAAAGUAACCGGCCUUCAUGGAAAUCCAUCAAAAAUCUAUCAUCAUGUAUUCUUCAAUUGGAGGCUCCAUAUUUAGAUCAUUUCUCAUCCAGUUAUGUAGAAAUGGUCUACUCAAGAAGCGAUCCCUGGGGGUCUGGAGAGGUGGCUCAGUGGAUAAGAGCAGUGAGUGCUCUUCCAGAGGUCCUGAGUUCAAUUCCCAGGAACCACAUGGUGGCUCACAACCAUCUGUAAUGGGAUCCCAUCCUCUGUCCUGAAGACAACUACAGUGCAUUCACAUACAUAAAAUAAAUAAAUAAAACUAAAAUAAAAAACGAUGAAGAAGCAA